AUAUCUCCUCACUCCAUUCUUGGAUUGUUGCAAACGUGACUUGGCUUCCUGGGUCUCUCAGCUUUCCGAGCUGCUUGAAGAAGUCUCAUCCAGGGGCAGCCACGUCAAUGGAGUCUAGAGGAGCCUUCAGAAUGUUUUCCUGCUUCUCAGGGAGGUGAGAGGAGGCAAGAGUGUCUUUCUCACCCUUGACGUAUUACCAGGAGUCAGUAUUCAGACGCGAUGCUCUUUCGCCUUGCUUGCGUGGCUCCAGAGCGGAGGACUGCCGCGGGCGUCCGGGGAGGUCUAGCCGGCUGCUGCCGUCCCGCCCUGCUGCUCCGGGUUCUCGCCAGAGAGGCCCACGCGCCCCGUCCCUUCCCGCGGCGGGCGGAGGGAGGCUCUGCUGUUUUUCCCUCCUCCUUUCCGCCGCUCGCCGGGCCGCUGACCGGCUCGGACAGCCCCGCCGGGCCCCCUGCGCGGCCGAGCAGGCCCCUCCCCGUGCCCGGCCUCCGGGGACCUCGUCCUUGGCUGACUUGUCUUUGUCCCGACCGAGGGAAAGAAGAGGAGGAAAAGCCACAAACUUCCUCUGGAAGCGGCUCUGUAGACAGGGCCUGGCGCGCACGCCGGAGGCUCGGUGGCUCGGGGAUCGUGCGGACGCCGGGAGGCCGGGGACCGCCGGGGCUGCGCGCCGCCUGCCCUUGCCCCCCACCGUCCCCGGCGCCCGCGGCGCUGUCCCCGUCCCCCAGAGGCCGCGACCCAGGCUGGGCGCCGCGCAAGCCAAGCCGUGUCAAGCCGUGUAAGCUCCGGGGCUGACAGCUGGGAGGCAGCUGGCGCCCCCCCGGCCAUGUCCCCUCCUCCCGCGUCGAACCACCAGAAUUGAGUCCUCUCCCGGUGCGGGAACCGCACCCACCUCUUGAAGGGAAGCCAGUUCCACCCAGUGUCUCCAGUCCCCUCCAAGCCUGGAAGCCCAAGUCCAGCUAGUCCCAUCUGGUCACAGCAAGUUAGAGGUGGAAUGAGCACGCAGAGAAAAGCUGAAUCUGAAACCACAGUGGCUGUCUACACUGUUCGCUUCCAGACCUUUCUUGUGCCCUUUGCUCUGUAACUCAAUGACCUUACUGACCAAGUCUUUUUGCAUGCUAGAAUCACCCUAGGCAAGGUACCGAGGUCAAGAGACACCUUCAUCCCCCUCAGCUGACUCUGUUCCCACUAUGGAAGAAUCUCAGGCUGAACACUCAGCUCCUAGCAAGGCCAGUAAUGCAGACACUGUUGAAUCUGAAAAACACAAGGCCCUGAAUGGACCAGAGAAGUACCCUCAGGACAAGGACAGUACAGAGGCAGAUGGGAAAACUGGAGAACAGGAGACUAGAGACCAAGCUUUGCCACCAGCACAGGAUGGAGAAAACCUUGAGUGUCCUCCUCCUGAAGCUAGCUCAAGUCCUCCUGGGCCGGCUUGUGGGACAUCAUCUGAGGUAGAGACAAUAGAGGUGUUUUCCAGGCCGCAGGCGCUUCCCCAGUCCCCCAGGACCCAACAGCCUGAUCUCGAUUUCUACUGUGUCAAGUGGAUCCCUUGGAAAGGAGAACGGACCCCCAUCAUCACACAGAGCACCAAUGGCCCUUGUCCUCUCCUGGCCAUCAUGAACAUCCUCUUUCUUCAGUGGAAGGUGAAGCUGCCCGCUCAGAAGGAAGUGAUCACAUCAGAUGAGCUCAUGACACAUCUUGGAAACUGCCUCCUGUCCAUCAAGCCCCAGGAGAAGUCUGAGGGCCUUCAGCUUAAUUUUCAGCAGAACGUGGACGAUGCAAUGACCGUGCUCCCUAAACUGGCCACAGGUCUGGAUGUCAACGUGCGCUUCACGGGCGCCUCAGAUUUUGAGUAUACACCUGAGUGCAGCGUCUUUGACUUGCUGGGCAUCCCUCUGUACCAUGGCUGGCUGGUCGACCCACAGAGUCCUGAGGCUGUGAGUGCUGUUGGAAAACUGAGUUACAACCAGCUGGUAGAGAAGAUCAUCACCUGCAAACACUCCAGUGACCCCAACCUCGUGACAGAAGGCUUGAUUGCAGAGCAGUUCCUGGACACCACUGCAGCACAGCUGACCUACCACGGCCUGUGUGAGCUCACAGCCACGGCUAAGGAGGACGAACUUAGUGUCUUUUUUCGAAAUAACCACUUUAGCACGAUGACUAAGCACCAGAGUCACCUGUACCUGCUGGUCACCGACCAGGGUUUUCUCCAGGAGGAGCAGGUGGUGUGGGAGAGCCUGCACAAUGUGGAUGGCGACAGCUGCUUCUGUGACUCCGACUUCCACCUGAGCCAUUCCCUAGGCAAAAGCCAGGGGGCAGAAGGUGGGAGCAGCUCUCCGGAGAAGCAGCUGCAGGUGGACCAGGACUAUCUUAUUGCCUUGUCCCUGCAGCAGCAGCAGCAGCCACAAGACAUGCUGGGCCUUAGUGACCUGGAACUGGCCCAGCAACUUCAACAGGAAGAGUAUCAACAGCAGCAAGCAGUUCAGCCUGUGCAAGCAAGGGCCCCUUCCCCCCAGGGGAGAGGAGCCACAUCGAGACGCCCAGCUGGAGAGCGGCGGCAGAGGUCAAAGCCUGAGUCAGACUGUGUUUUGCUCUAACUCUGCCCAGAUGGAGUAAUCCGCCCCUUCUUUCAGAGGUGGUGACUAGCUGGCUUGCAGCACGCCCCCCUUCCCUGAGGCAUACAGGGUAACCUGCGUGCACUGCUGGGGAUUAGAGCAGCCAGCAGGUGCCAAGAUCAGGCUCGGCACCUCAUUCGCCCUUCUGUGUUGCUGUCUUCUCUUCCCCUCCUCCAGGGCCACAUGGGUGGGGUGAAGGUCUCUCCCAUCUCCCUUUCCUGCGGUAACGGGAGCGUACAAACCCAGGCUGCUUGGUGAGGUACCCCUCUGUAUGCAUCUACCCUGAGUCCGGCCUGCCUGGCUGCUCCUGGGUUGCCACAGGCCUGUCUUUGUUUUCAAGAGUUUGAUUUGGGUUUCUAUCUCUCUGAUUUUUAAUGCCUUCCUAGGGGUUUGGAAAUAAAACUUCUUUCCUGAGA